AUGGGUGUGAACGGCCUUUGGACGGUUGUGCAGCCCUGCGCGCGCCCAACGAACCUCGCGACUCUUAACCGAAAGCGCCUCGCCGUUGACGCCUCCAUCUGGAUAUACCAGUUUCUCAAAGCCGUACGUGACAAAGAGGGCAACGCGCUGCGCAACUCUCACGUCGUCGGCUUCUUCCGCCGCAUCUGCAAGCUCCUGUGGUUCGGCAUCAAGCCCGUCUUCGUUUUCGACGGUGGCGCUCCGACUCUCAAGCGCCAGACGAUUCAGGGCCGCAAGCAGCGCCGCGAGGGCCGCAGAGAAGAUGCAGUCCGCACAGCUGGGAAACUGCUCGCUGUGCAGAUGCAGCGGCUUGCAGAGGAGGAAGACGAGAGGAGGAAGCGCGAUGCGGAAAGGGGUAUUCGGAGAGAACGAGAAGAGCCCCAGGAGGAAAUACCCGAUGCGGACACGAUUGUCUACGUUGACGAAGUCGGCAUGUCCCAGCAGGAGAGACAGCGGACGCGGAAAUUCUUCAAGCAGGACGCGUACCACUUGCCCGAACUUGACGGCGACAUCGCGUCCAUGGCCAAGGCGGACGAUCCCAGAAUCAUGAGCAUCGAAGAGCUGGAGGAGUAUGCCCGACAGUUCCACGAUGGAGAGGAUGUCAACCUCUACGAUUUCAGCAAGAUCGAUUUUGACGGCGAGUUCUUCCAAAGUUUGCCUGCGGCAGACAGAUACAACAUCCUAAACGCAGCCAGAUUGCGAAGCCGCCUCAGAUUGGGAUUGAGCAAAGAGCAACUGGAUGAAAUGUUCCCGGAUCGCAUGGCAUUCUCGAGGUUCCAGAUCGAAAGGGUUCGCGAGAGAAACAACCUGACGCAGCGCCUCAUGAAGGAAGCCGGCAUGACUGGCCUGGAUCUUACCUUGACAGGCGGUGGAAGGAUUGCUGGUGAGAAAGACAGGGAGUACAUCCUGGUGAAGAACGACGGAGCGGAGGGCGGGUGGGCGCUGGGUGUCGUGAGCAAGGAAAAGGAUCUGGGCGAGGCCCAUAAACCCAUCGAUGUCGAUGCCCUGGAUUUCCAGUUUCAGAAAAAGGAGAAUGCUGAGGGGUCUGAUGAAGACGAUUUCGAAGACGUCCCAGUCGAGGGCCUGAACCGACUUCCCAAAUUGUCGUCGAUUGCGGCCAGAAUGACACCCCGAGAGACGGCUCUUCAAAGCCAACACUCUCAUGGCAACAGAGGAGAGGCCGAAUUCAACGACAACGACGACUUGUUCGAAGAGGAAGAACAAAGUCUGUUUGUUGGCGGCGAUGGCCCUGAAACACAAGAUCCAGGCCGGUCCAACGUCCAAAGUGACAGGGGGAUGCACCCUGAAGAGGAGGAUGAUAUCAACCGUGCAAUAGCGAUGUCCUUACGGAAUCAGCACGGCAAGGAUGCAACGAACUCGGAUGAAGAGGAACAGUUUGAAGACGUGGGAAUGGAUGCCCCGACUUGGAAACAAAAGGCCGUCGAGGAGCUUAAGCCAAUCACCGCAAGGAGUGGCCGCAUGGUGGCUCACAUUGUCAAUAAUAGGUCUACGGCUGCCGUCUCGAGGAGACGGCAAAACAGUGCAAGCAGCGACGACGAUGAAAUGGACCUGCAGACUGCUCUGAAGGCGUCCCGGCAGACGAAAAGAGCCCAGCCGAAGCCGUCAGUCCCCAACGUCAAGAACCCUUUCGACGGUCCGUUGCCGUUCCCUAAACUCGCAUGGGGUCCUUCGAUUUUCUCAACAAAGGCACAAUCCAAGAAGCCUGAAGAUAUGGGGCCAGCGAAAGGGCUUGCGCAAAGAGCGCAGAAGCCAGCGCAGAAUAGCGAUGAUGGCGAGUUUGGCGGCGGCUUUGUAGCAAACGGUGUUGAUGAAGAGCCAGCCGGCGAAGAUAACAAUGAAGGCGGGUUCGAGAGAGAGCCGUCCGAAGACCGACCCAAGCCACUGCCUCCAUGGAUGGUGGACAACAUGGAUAUUCGGGAAUCGAUAAAGCAACAACGACAGGUGGACAGCGAGAUCAACACAGAAGACAGGGAGGCGGCCCUGGAAGAGGAACGUCGGCUUAAGCGCCAGAAGCAAAACCAACUCAUCGAAAUCCAGUCGUCCGAUGACGAGGAUAGCGAUAUAGAGAUACUUGACGUGCCGCUAACGCCGAAGUUGGCUGCCUCUCAGGAGGGUAUUGGUUUCGCCAACGAAAUGCCAUCGACGGCUACUGUCUCGACCGCUCAACUUGAGUCGCCGAAGAAGAAGGAAUCAGAAUUAGCAACUACACCCUUUGAGAAGGCAGAUGCUGCGUCACGGAGGUCCACACCGUCUUCUGAACCCGAUUUCGAAGACGUCCGACCGGACGAUACCGGCGAAUAUAUGGAAGUCACCGUCACGGAAGUGCUCGACUCCCCAGAACCAGAAACCCAAGAUGUCAUAGGUACUGCGGCGCUCCAGAAGCCUGGUUCUUUGGAACCAGCCAUGAAGGAUAUUACUGUCGAUGUAGAACGGCAGAACCCGACAGAAGAACACGAGCUCACCUUUGAGGAACUCAUGGACGGGCCCCAAUUGGACGAUCGCAAUACGGCAGGCGAUCCUGUGCAGGAUGCAGAGGCUGCUGUGUUCGCCGAGAGCGAUAACGAGUUUAGCGACCCGGAGGAUGAAGAGCUAUUUGCCAACCUCGCACAGGAAGCGGAGGAGCACGCCCGCUUUGCCAGCGAGCUGAACAACAAGUCAGAGCGCGAGAACAAAGAGGCUUACGAGAGAGAACUCAAGGCGCUUCGUACGCAACAGAAAAAGGAUCGCCGGGACGCCGAUGAGGUUACGCAGGUCAUGGUCACCGAGUGCCAAGCCCUGCUCCGUCUCUUUGGUAUCCCCUACAUCACCGCGCCGAUGGAGGCCGAAGCGCAGUGUGCAGAGCUCGUGCGGAUGUCUCUAGUGGAUGGCAUCGUCACUGACGACUCUGAUUGCUUCCUCUUCGGCGGCACGCGCAUCUACAAGAAUAUGUUCAACAGCAACAAGUUUGUCGAGUGCUACCUCGGCUCGGACCUCGAAAAGGAGCUCUCCCUGUCACGUGAGCAGCUCAUCGCCAUCGCCCAACUUCUGGGGUCGGAUUACACAGAGGGCCUGCCCGGUGUCGGUCCCGUUACGGCCGUGGAGAUACUCUCAGAGUUCACCGGCAAGGACGGCCUUGAGAGGUUUAAGGAAUGGUGGCAGGACGUGCAGAUGAACAACCGUCCCAAAGAGGCGGACGCGGGGUCACCAUUCCGCCGUAAGUUCCGCAAAUCGCAGGCCACGAAGCUCUUCCUCCCCACGGGGUUCCCUAACCCGGCCGUCACGGACGCUUACCUCCGCCCAGAGGUCGACAGCAGCCCCGAACACUUUCAGUGGGGCGUGCCGGACCUCGAAGGCCUGCGGCAAUUUUUGAUGGCGACGAUCGGGUGGAGCAAGGAGCGCACCGACGAGGUGCUCGUACCCGUCAUCCGAGACAUGAAUAAGCGAGACAUUGAAGGCACGCAGGCUAAUAUCACGCGGUAUUUUGAGGGUACUGUGGGCGUUGGCGCGAGGGAUGCCUUUGCGCCGAGGCAGAAGGGGACGACGAGCAAGCGGAUGGCGGACGCUGUGAGUAGGCUGAGGGCAAACGCCAACGGCGCGCAGGCCGUGGAGCAGGAAGACUCUUCUACGUCGGCGGCGCCGGCCAAGAUUACGGGGAAGAGAAAGGAUAGAGUCAGGACUGCGGUGCCUGGUGAGGACGAAGACGAGUUUGUCGAUGAUGCUGAGGGAGGACAGCCGGAGCAGGGUGUCCGGCAAACGAGAGCCCGUCGGGGGAAGAAGGCCAAGGCAUCCGAGUAG